CUUCGUUUAUCUAGUCCAUCAGACAGUGGUUUACUUACUUUCAGCUGCAUUUAUCAUAAUUUCAUGGACUCCUAAGGGCUCCUAAGUCAUUCCGGAAUUCAUGUACACGAUGGCAGCAGGUACCACCCAGAGGCAUGGGUUAUCAUACUUCAUUUGCUCCAUGCUGCUUGCAAUUUCUCUAUUGUGUACGUCAACAACAAGUGUUACCACUGUUACUACAACCGUGACAGGGGAGCUCGUUGAAACAGAGUUCGCGACAAACUUGACCACAGACACAAACCAUACUACGACGUCACCGAAUCAGACAAACACCACAGACACAACUCCAGCCCACUCUUCGACAAGCAAUGCGACAACAAUAGUGGAUCAAUCCGCCACUACCCCAUCAACAAUACCAACAGCCAAGACAACAACUGAUGGGGAGAAAUCCAAUUCAACCGAGAAGGAGGAUAAGAAGUCUGACCCAAACAAAGAGACCCCUACUCAGAAAACAGGAUCAAUGGCGGUCGCAGGGUUAAUUCUGCUCAUCUUUGGUCUUCUUCUUAUUGCAGUCAACGGAUAUGUGUUCUUCAAAUCGAAAAAAGGGUCAUGCACUACAAAGAAGGGUAUCUUCCACGUCCUGCAGAUGUCUAGCCUGCAGAAGAACAACGAAGGCGACGACGACGACGAUGAUGACGUCGAAGAUAACUUCAAAGACGACGUUGACGUCGAGAAGAAGUCCAGCUCGUCGAGAUCAUUGAAUAAAGAAAGUUCUACCGAUCAGGGAGCCGAGCCGAAGGUUGAAGUGCAUGUCAAGGUUGAGAUCGAGGGCGAUGUCGAAGAUGCCAACAAGCCAAAUGGGAAUGCGGACGUCAACGAUUCUAAUGCAGCAUCAGACGCUGAUGUCGCUGAAAAGAGCACCGACAAUGAUGUCGAGAAGACGAAUGAAACUGUUGUCGAAGUGACCAUAGAGGGCGGGAGUGAAACUCAAACCGAUCCUUGAUAAAAAAAAAAUGUUAAAUGUUAUUAGCCUUGAGCAUGUUGAGUACUUCAUUUUGUAUCCCAGAAUUGCCUUUAAAAAAUGUAAAAUGAUCGAGGAUGACUGUAAAUGCUAUUUUUCUUUCACGUUUUCUGAAAUCUGUUUUGUACAUAAGUUUCUAAAUGUUAGCUUAUGGCAUCUGGAUGUAACAGUGACUAUGUCUACUGAAAUUGUUUUAUAUAUUCAUAGGCCUAUACAAAAUCCAUGCACCCCUGCAGAAGGUGAUUUGAAUAGAGAAAAAAAAUGCAGAAUGGUCAGAUAAACAGAGCUACGGUAUUCUAAAAUUUCACUUAAAGGGAUGGUCCGGACUGAAAGUAUUAAUAAGUAGAGUAGA